CCUGGCUCUUUUCCUCUUUGCUCUAUUAGGGUUUACAGAGCCGUUCACCACCUGUGAGCAUCGGGUUGGUGCGCAUUUUCAAGAGACUUUCCUGAACUUGUAAACAAAAAAUGGCUGUUCCUUUGCUGACAAAGAAGAUUGUGAAGAAGCGUGUCAAGCAGUUCAAGAGGCCACAAAGUGACCGAAAAAUUUCUGUGAAGACAAACUGGCGCAGGCCUAAGGGUAUUGAUUCACGUGUUAGGAGGAAGUUUAAAGGAUGCACUUUGAUGCCAAAUAUUGGUUAUGGCACCGACAAGAAGACUCGCCACUAUCUUCCCAAUGGAUUUAAGAAAUUCGUCGUGCACAAUGUCAAAGAGCUGGAGCUUCUUAUGAUGCACAACAGGACCUACUGUGCUGAGAUAGCGCACAACAUAUCGACCCGGAAGAGAAAGGAGAUUGUUGAGCGUGCAGCGCAGCUGGAUGUCGUUGUUACCAAUAAACUGGCCAGGUUGCGCAGCCAGGAGGACGAGUGAGCUUGAUGCUAUAAUAUCACUCUUCAUUUUAUUAGGUGUUAUCAACACUUUUUGCUAUCAAUUUUAACAGAGAAUUAUUUUGUUUCGGUUGAAUGGAUAUGAUUUAUUUUUCCGAUGCUA